AUGGAUACCAGCCGCGUGCAGCCUACCAAGCUGGCCAGAGUUACCAAGGUGUUGGGCAGGACCGGUUCGCAAGGGCAGUGCACGCAGGUGCGCGUGGAGUUCAUGGACAACAGGAGCCGCUCCAUCAUCCUCAACGUGAAAGGGCCCAUGUGCGAGGGCGACGUGCUGACCUUGUUGGAGUCAGAACGAGAGGCGUGGAGGGACUUCAAAGCUGUCGUCAUCCAGUUUCCGUCUUCCCGGGAGCCCGCGUGGUGGCCAGACUCCAUUGCCUGGGUCAAAAGUGCAGCCUCAGCUGAUGACAAGAACUGGCUUCAGUGA